UAUGGGAGCCAAUAAAAGCUGUAAGUUCAUAAAUGAUACGCCAGUGUAAAGACAGAGCUCUUGGAGUGCAGUUCUAUCCCUAGUUUUCUCUUUGCGACAUUUGACUACAUAUUGCUGGAACAUAGUUGUGCGUCUUUAUUGACUUCCUCACCCAUAUAUUGUACAACGAAGAAUGAAUAUUUUAAAACUACUACUGCCGGUGGGCUUUGUUCAAGUCAGAAAUUUUUCAGUUAUAGCAGCAACUAUGAGUGGGAACGAUAAUUACAAAGAAGCGAAAUCGAUUUACGAUUUCACUGCUAAAUCCAUAAAAGGUGAAGAAGUUCCUCUAUCCAAUUACAAAGGUCACGUUUGUUUAAUCGUAAACGUAGCAUCAAAGUGCGGCCUUACAGCCACAAAUUACAAACAACUGAAUGAACUGUACGAUGAGUAUGCUGACUCUAAAGGUUUACGAAUCUUGGCGUUUCCCUGUAACCAAUUUAAUGGACAGGAACCAGGAGGUACCGAAGAAAUAUGCAGUUUUGCCGAUCGACAAAAGGUUAAAUUCGAUAUAUUCGAAAAGAUUGACGUCAAUGGAGACAAGGCGCAUCCUUUAUGGAAAUAUCUAAAGAAAGAACAAGGAGGAAUUUUGGGUGAUUUCAUAAAAUGGAACUUCACAAAAUUCAUCGUGAACAAAGAAGGCAAAGUGGUUGAACGUCAUGGUCCGAACGUGGAUCCCAACAGUUUGAAAAACAAUUUCGAAAAAUACUUCUAAGCAUUUUUCUACUAUUAUUUAAUAUAUAUGCAAUGAUUUUUAUUAGUAGCACUAUUUGCAAUCAAUCGAUAUCGUUAAGAACGAUAUAUGGACUGUGAAUUAUUCUUAUCCAUUAUAAGCUUUUAGAUAAAUAGUUUUUUUAUUCAAUGAAGUUUCUUAUUUAGUUAUCGAAUAUUGCACAUCUUCUAUUUGUAAACAAGUGUUGUAAGUAUUGAUAUUAUAUCAACGAAGAAAUAAAUGUUAUAUCAUCAAAA